AUGGCCCAGCCUCAACUCAAGCUCACCUACUUCGACGGCAAGGGCCGCGCCGAGCUCACGCGGUUGAUCUUCAACUACGGCGGUGUGGCGUUCAUAGAUGACCGCGUAGCCCGCGCCGACUUCCCAGCGCUCAAGCCGACCCUACCGUUCGGCCAGGUGCCGGUGCUCGAAGUGGAUGGGGUGACUUACGCCCAAAGCAUGGCGAUUGCUCGUUACGCCGCCAAGCUCUCGGGGUUGUACCCGAGCGAUCCGGUGAAAGCUCUGAAGGCGGACAUGUUCUCUUGCUCGUUGGGCGAACUGGCGGACGCGUUCAUCGACAUCGUCUUCAAGACGCAGGACGCGGACGAAAAGACCAAGAAGCAGAAGCUGUUCCUCGACGAGACCGUACCCAAGUUCUUCACUGCGUUGGGGAAACUUGUGGAGGGCAAAUUCAUCCUCGGAGACCACAUCUCGUACGCCGACGUCCAGUUGAUGGACCUGGUGGACAACGGGAUCAAGUGGGGGAUCCCCUCGUUUACCUUGGAGGCGUUCCCGAAGCUGGCCGCCGUGGUCGCGAACGUCGCAGCUGAGCCCAAAAUCGCCGCGUAUCUGGCCCAGCAAGCGCAAAAGUAGCUGGCCUUGGUUUGGUUUGGCUUGUGGCGCGGAUAUUGAUGCGUAAAACACGCUAUGAUCAGAGUCUCGUUCGACUGAGGCGAUAAUAACGUCAACGUCGAUAAUAACAUGAAAAGC